CCAUCAGCAAUUGGCUAUCCCGUCACAUGUACUGUCAGUAUAUGUUCUAGUCUCGUAGAAUAAACGCGUGAUUCUGACAAUUUUUCUCGUUCGUUUCAACCUUUGGUUAUGAGUUGAUAAACUGCACAAUUAUUUGAACACGGAAUUACCAGGAAUGGCUUUAAGUGAUAAGUAUGGAGGCGAUGGGCCAGCCGCCAUUAUGGUCAGAGGAGCGUACAAGAGGUACACUCCGUACAGUGUCGUACUUAGGGGACUCAACAUGACUGUACCCGAAGGCACCAUAUACGGUCUUCUCGGCCCAAGUGGUUGUGGUAAAACUACUUUAUUGAGUUGCAUGGUCGGCCGGUGUGAGCUCGAUGCUGGAGACAUACAAGUCAAAGCCAAGACGAAAUCGAACAUCGGCUACAUGCCACAAGAACUAGCUCUGUACAAAGAAUUCAGCAUCAGAGAAACAAUGAACUACUACGGCCGAUUAUUCGGUAUGACUAGUAGACAAAUAGAAACGAGAACACAUGAAUUGUUAACAUUUUUAGAACUACCAAAUGAAAAAAAUAUCGUCAGUCGAUUAAGUGGCGGUCAAGAAAGAAGGGUGUCUUUCGCAGUUGCAUUACUUCACGAUCCUCAACUUCUUAUUUUAGACGAACCCACAGUAGGAGUGGAUCCAGUGUUAAGCGCGAGUAUCUGGCAACAUCUUCUAGACAUGACAGCAAAUGGAAAUAAGACCGUUGUGAUAACCACGCAUUAUAUUGAAGAAGCCAGACAAGCACAUACGAUUGGGUUAAUGAGAGAUGGUACGUUAUUAGCCGAAGAAUCUCCCAAUCAAUUACUUAUAAAACACAAUUGCUCAACUUUGGAACAAGCUUUCUUGGACCUUAGCAAACGUCAAACUAGAAGCAGUAUUAUGGACAGAGAAGACGAAAAUUGCAACAUCGAAACAUAUCCAGUGCCAAAUAGAAAACCAUUAUCACCUCUAAAACCAGACAGCAUAUGUUCAAAAAUGAGAAUCUUAGCACAGUUAAUGAAAAAUUUCUAUUGGAUGAAAAGAAAUAUACCAAUUAUGUGUUUCCUGAUGAUCUUGCCGGUUGUGCAAUGUUAUUUGUUUUGCACGUGUAUUGGUCGCGAUCCUCAAGGACUGAAAUUAGGAGUAGUAAACGAAGAGCUCAAAACGGGAAUGUCGAGUUGCAGUAGUUAUCCGUCGAGCGGUUGCAACUUCAGCGUACCGUUGAGUUGUCGAUACUUGCAAAAGUUGAACGACAAAAGCUAUAAAUUGAUCGAAUUCGGCACUCUGGAUGAAGCGAAGUUCGCUGUUAAGAAGAACAAGAUCUGGGGAGUGUUGUACUUCGAAGACGGUUAUUCGGAAGCGCUCGGCGCGCGUAUCCAGAUGUUUGACAAUUUGACGGAGAGGACCUUAAACAUCAGCGACGUAAACAUAUGGCAGGACAUGUCGAACCAAUAUGUGAGCAAUCUGUUGCGGAGGGACAUGCUUUCGAGGUACGUGCUUUUCUUGUCCGGCGUGUUCAGGGACUGCGGUUGGCCCGUCGCGAUCGCCGACAUACCAAUCAAGUUGGAAGACGCGAUUUACGGAGACAACAAUCCGAGUUUUGGACAUUUUACGGCGCCAGCAAUCAUAUCGCUAUUUGAAUUCUAUCUUCCAAUGGUGUUCACCGUGGGAGCGAUUCUGAUGGAGAAAAUGGGAGGACUGUUGGAACGGAGUCUUGUCGCCGGCGUGACGGUGACCGAGGUGCUGUUGUCCCACAUCGUCGUCCAGUACAUCGUUUUGAGCGUGCAGACGGCUCUGAUGAUGCUAGUGCUGUUCGUGUUCUUCGACAACCCCAUGGUGGGCAGUCUGGUGUGGUCGUUGUCGUUGCUCUUUCUAACUGGUACCAGCGGCAUGUGUUAUGGGUUCAUGGUGUCGGUGUUCUGUAACACGGACACGUCAGCUACGUUCAUGGGCUUGGGCAGCUUCUUCCCGCUAGCCAUGCUCAGCGGAAUGAUAUGGCCACUGGAAGGUAUGCACUGGAUACUGAGGUCGGUCGGCUGGAUUUUGCCCAUCACGCUGUCCACGGAGUCUUUCAGAGCGCUGUCCGCUAGGGAUUGGUCGAUAACACACCCCACCGUCUACAAGGGAUUCCUGUCCGCCUCGGGGUGGAUUGGCGUAUUCAUGUUGGUCACCAUUAUCGUGGUGAAGAAAAACAACGGUCUGCGAAACGUGACCAAAUAAUGCCCGUGUACAUUUUAUAUGUAAAUAGAUGUAUUAUAAACUGUGUAAAAGUUGAAAUAACGUACGUUUUGUCGAACGGAUCGCGAUAAAACGACGAUUUUUUUUUAUUAUUAUUAUUAUCAUCAUCAUCAUCAUCAUUACUGAUAGAUUUCUUGGUUAUUUAAUAAUUAACGUGUUAUGGAAAUAAGUGAAUAAAUAUAUACUAUAUAUUACCAAUAAAUAAUAAUAAUAAACCAUGACCGAAUGUACGUUGUUUUAAUUUACUGGUUCUCGUGGCUUCGUAUGAUGAUCACGAAUCACUUACGACUCGUGCGGGUAACGAUAAUGAUUUUUAAAUUUCUGCCGCCGUUGAGAAAAUUUAAAAAAAAUCACCUAGAGGGUUUCGUCCUUUUUUUUGUUCUUGAGUGUACGAAAAUGCGCUGGACGUAUUACACAUUACAGCGCAGGCGGUCGGAUUCGGUAUAAAAUGGUAUACAUACUCAGGUGAUUCGUUGAAUAAUUCAUUUAUAAAAUGUUAAACAUGUUAAACAAUCUUAAACAUUUUACUGCAUAGCAAUCGUAAAGCGUCGUCGACCAUAAACGUUAAAACUGUAUAAAAUUAGUAAACUUUGUACACAUAUUAUAGAAGUCGAAAAAAACAAUAUAGUUUUUGAUUGGGCGUUAUGAGUAGGCAAGCUGACAUACAGGAGUAUAAAUGGUGAUAAUUAUAAAUUAUAAUGUUUAACAGCCGUAGGUGUUUUGUGUAAUUUUUACGAAUGUGCGUCCAUUUAAUCUUAUUUAUGUCAUUUUAUUUCCGCAGCAGGACGAAUAUGAAAAUUAAAUAAAAUGUUGAUGAUUGUUUCGUGAUUGGUGAAAUUAAUUCUUUUUUCAAAAAUUAAAAAAAAAAUUUUAAAAAACAAAAACUGUAUGAUAACUUUAAAAGCAAAAUGAAUUACAAUUUCAGAUUUAAUUGGAAUCUGUAUUAUAAGUAUUAAAAUGAAAAUAAGAGUUCAAUUAAAAAAAUAUCCACUCGCGUGUGUAUUAUAACCAUGAUUAUAAAUAUGGUAAAAUAAAUAGUUUAUGAAAACUCUUAAACUUUGUAGAAAAAAAUCAGAAUUAUCUUUUUCAAACAUACAACCGAAUAAUUCAAUCAAAAUAAAUUCAAUGCAAUAUUUUCUCGUUUUUGUAAUAGAUUUUACAAUUUUUUCUCUCGGAAAUUCUAAAUUCUAAAUCUCUAAUUAAGUAACUACUAUUAUUUUUAUCAUAUAACUUAUUAUCAAUAAUGGAACGCUAUACUGUAUGUAUAUAUGAAUAUAUAUGCGAUUUUUAUAAGAUUAUUAAACUGGAAUUGUAUUAACAGACGAAAAAUGUAAUUCAUUUUGAAAACUCAUUAUUGUAUAAUAAUUAUACGGAGCAUGUUUGGCUAUUUUUCGGAAACAAUGAAAAUAAAUAAUGAAAACCAAUAAAUCCUAAGUAAGAACAUAACAUUUGUAAAAUCAAGUUAAUGAAUUACAAAAUUUCUAAUGGACGAAGACGAUUUUAUUAAAUUACUAUAGGUGAAGCGAUUAAAAUAAAGAUUGUUAACAAAAGGAAAAAUUCUCUGGUAAAAUUUUGAAUAUCUGUAUCAUAAAAACAAACGAUAUCCGUGAUUACUAAUUACAAGUAUACCGAUGUGAAUUACGGAUUAAUAAGUAUACAUAUAAUUAAUAAGUAUACGUAUAGAUCGCGCGAUUUCGCGUACGCGUAAACGUUACAUCGAGUACCAGUGGCGCACUUAGAAUAUUUUUAAGGGGGUUUUCCGUCGGUUCUAUAAUUUUUGUUUUUAUUCAUUUUAAAGUUAAUGAUUAUAGAAUUUUAAAUGUCUAAUAUUUAUUAUAAUAUUAUCCUACAUUAAAGUAAUUGUCAAACGAUGAAACAUUAAAGCUUAUUGUAAAUUUAUUAAAGGUUACAAUAAUACAACAUUUUGAAUUAGAAAA